UCACUAAUGCAUCAGAUAAUGGCAGAGGCCGAGGCGAGGGAAGAAGACGCUCUUACUUUAACGAAGAAACUUCGUGAUUUCUCCGUAAAGUACGUCAAGAUUUCUGAGGAAGACAUGACUCUCGUCAGAAAGUUGGUCAAAGAAUAUAUUGAAGACAAGAUCAUAAUGUAUUGUCGGGAGAAUUCUAAGAUUCAGAUACUAAAACUGGAGUACACUGGCAGUUUUUACGAGAGGCUGAAGACUGAAGCCGCUGAUGAAGUAGAUAUCAUGAUAGUAUUUAAAACGCAAACAGCAGAAAUCACGGUAAUAGAAUCCGAUGUACCCGGGUAUGUCCUUCUCAUGGCAAAAGAAAGCUCAGUGGUACGUAAGUAUGCGUGGGAUGAUGGAUUUAUUAGCCCCAAACGCAUCCGAGAUCUUUGGUUCGGUCUCGUUCAGCGAGCAGUGAAUUAUAUUCACGCUAAACCACCAUAUUCUGAAGUUCCUGUGGUUUUGCGUAACCACGGACCAGCUGUGCUGUUAGACAUUAAAAAAAUUUUAUCAGUUGAUCUCGUCCCUUGCUUCCAAGUGGAAGGUAAAUAUUAUGUGCCCAAGCCUCUGAAAGGGAAACGAUUUGUGUCGGAACCAAAGCUUCUUUUUUGGAGGCAGUCGUUUUCGGUAGAGGAGAAGCAAGUUUUACAGUCGAUGGACAGGGGAGACCAUGGCUGCAGGCACGAGCUUCUCCGAAUCGUGAAGACCGUGGUGAAAAGACCGGAGACAUCUUUACCAAUGGAUUCCUUUUACUUGAAAAACGCCUUUAUGCACUACAUUUACGGAGGAGGCAAAGAUUGGGUGAGCGGAGACGCGUUAGGAAAGCAUUUCCUUAACUUCCUAGAGACAUUACGGAUUCAUAUGGAAAGGAGAAGUCUUCCUCACUAUUUCCUACCUGAUGCAAACCUUCUGGAUGAUUUUAAGGAAGAAGUUGUCAAGCAGAUGGCAAAUCGUUUGAGAAGGAUUCUGGAAAGCGAAAAAAGGCUAAACAAAAUUCUUGAAUAG